CUUUUACGUUGCAUCCUCUGAAAGGUAUAAGUAACCCCCUGACUCUACAAGUGGACAGGGUGCCUUUGUCGAAUUCCAUUUUACGUGAAAGAUCUUUUGACAAAAGGAUGAAGCUGAAUAUGCUGACCGUGCUGCUGGGCCUUCUGGCUUUGGCUUCUUCCCAACGUGUGCAGCUCAGUCCUCCCGCAUUCCCUCGGUACAGUCAACAGUCUCCAGUUUCCAACAAGCUCAAAGACGCAUCAUCAGUCUACGAAGUCGCGAGCGACUCUGCAUAUGAAAAUAACAUAGAGACCUCCGAGUAUAUGAAUGACUAUUUCGCGCACUACGAUGACUAUUCUGCUUAUGCCAAUGAAAUGUCAGCCUCUCAGUACAUUAAUGACUAUUUUGCACACUACGAUGACUAUUCUGCAUAUGCCAAUGAAAUGUCAGCCUCUCAGUACAUUAAUGAUUACUUCGCACACUACGAUGACUAUUCUGCAUAUGCCAAUGAAAUGUCAGCCUCUCAGAAUGCUGAAGAUGACUCUUCUGCGUCUCCCAAUAAGAGAGCAGGCGACAAGUACAUAAAUGACUACUUCGCUCACUACGAUGACUAUUCCGCGUAUGCCAAUGAAAUGUCAGCCUCUCAGAAUGCUGAAGAUGACUACUUCGCUCACUACGAUGACUAUUCUGCGUAUGCCAAUGAAAUGUCAGCCUCUCUGAAUGCUGAAGAUGACUAUUUCGCCCACUACGAUGAUUAUUCCGCGUAUGCCAAUGAAAUGUCAGCCUCUCAGAAUGCUGAAGAUGACUCUUCUGCGUCUCCCAAUAAGAGAGCAGGCGACAAGUACAUAAAUGACUACUUCGCUCACUACGAUGACUAUUCCGCGUAUGCCAAUGAAAUGUCAGCCUCUCUGAAUGCUGAAGAUGACUAUUUCGCCCACUACGAUGAUUAUUCCGCGUAUGCCAAUGAAAUGUCAGCCUCUCAGAAUGCUGAAGAUGACUCUUCUGCGUCUCCCAAUAAGAGAGCAGGCGACAAGUACAUAAAUGACUACUUCGCACACUACGAUGACUAUUCCGCGUAUGCCAAUGAAAUGUCAGCCUCUCAGAAGGCCGAAGAUGACUACUUCGCUCACUACGAUGACUAUUCCGCGUAUGCCAAUGAAAUGUCAGCCUCUCAGAAUGCUGAAGAUGACUCUUCUGCGUCUCCCAACAAGAGAGCAGGCGACAAGUACAUAAAUGACUACUUCGCACACUACGAUGACUAUUCUGCUUAUGCCAAUGAAAUGUCAGCCUCUCAGUACAUUAAUGAUUACUUCGCACACUACGAUGACUAUUCUGCGUAUGCUAAUGAAAUGUCAGCGCUCCAGUAAGCUAGCAGUCAUUAUUAAGAAUACGCAAAAGAUUUUGUCUCCAAACAUGAUCAAGAAUAUCAACAUGAAGGUGAUUAGUGAUUUGAGCAACAGCCACAUCGUAUUCUUUGCUAGGACAGCAUUCUUAUACUCUUUUGGCAAAAUAUUCUUCUCGAUUUUAAAAUGAUUAUCAUGCGUCUGUCAGUUAAGAAUUUUAUUUUUAUCAUUACCUGCUUUACUUUGAAUAAGAUAGCACCAUCCAUUAUUUUUUGGAAUAAUAUUCUUCACAAUAGAUUUCUACUGAAAUUUCAAGCAUUUCAGAUGAAUACAUUAAGGAAGUGCAACGAGAUAAUGUUUCCUCUUUUUAAAAUACUAAAUGUUACCAGCAAAUCUGCAUCCAAAGAAAAAAAAUGCCUCGCUUACCCCAAUGUAUAACUCAUGUCUAAAAACACUGCUAUGCUUAUUGUGUACAAUGGUUACCUGUUGCUCUAAAAAAUCGUGGGAAAUCUGCUGAGCUGGACAUUAAAGCUGAAUGAUUUUGGUUAAAAAGUAGGGUAAUUACGUAUUGGAUUUUUUUAAAAAGUAUUUUUAAUCACACAACAAUCCGUCUACUUGGUACUAUUCUUGUUUUGCACUAAGUACUGAAAUGAACUGUCAUCUGUUUCAAAACGUUAGUAUAAAAUCAGGGGGAAUCAAAAUUGAAGAAAGCAUGCACAACCUGCACGGAGACUCACGUUUACAACCCCUCAAACAUUCACCCAUCGACGUACAAGAAAACAUUUCUGCACGUGCACCCACACAUACACACAUAUAUACAAACAUACACACACACACACACACACACACACACACACACACACACACACACACACACACACAAUCGGUACAUGCGGUACUCUCAGAAAUACGCGAAAGGAAUUCCAAGGAAAAAGAAAAUACAUUUUUUUUAUAGCUAAGCACAAGGCAGGAAAACUUACCUUCUUUUCCACAAUACCUGUAGACGUCUAAAACACCAAACAUGCCGUGUGUUUUCUGUUCUCGUCUGCUCCUUCUGUGUAGAAAUGGGAGAAUUUAUUUUAUUCUGACAAAAAUGUAAAACAGUAAUAAACAAGUCUACAACUGA